AUGCCUGAAGUGGCGAACUACAAACGAAUCAUCGUCUGUUGCGACGGCACUUGGAUGGCUGCGAACACUGGCGAUGCUUCCACGCCAUCGAACGUGGCCAAGAUUGCCAGAGCGAUAGCACCACAUGCUGUGGUUGAUGGCAAGAUCGUUACACAAGUGGUGUCGUACAAUGCCGGAUUGGGAAGCACCAGUCUCCCGUUUGCGAAAGCAAUUGAGGGGGGUCUAGGAUGGGGUCUUGAUGUCGAAGUGACUCAAGUCUACGAUUUCAUCAGCAACAACUAUGAGCUUGGAGACGAGCUCUUUUUCCUGGGCUUCAGUAGAGGAGCAUUCACGGUCCGAUCAGCAGCGUGCCUUGUCUCCGAGAUCGGAAUCUUGUCUGCGGUGAAUAUGGGCUCUUUUGCCGAUAUGUGGAAAGCGUAUCGAGCGAGAAGCAGCAAGUCACCGUUUGAGGAAAGUAAAUGGUAUCGAGACAACAGUGAGCGGCUUAAGAUCAGGACGGUCCAAGUGAAAGUCGUCGGUGUUUGGGACACGGUGGGAGCUCUGGGUGUUCCACAGUGGCCUGGUGUGACAGCUCUGCAGGCUGUUGGCAUUCCUCUCAAUCAGAAGUAUGCGUUUCAUGAUACCAGUCUUCCGAGAAACAUCCAGCACGGCUUCCAGGCGCUUGCACUAGACGAAAAGCGCAUCACGUUCCCACCAACGAUGUGGCAUCAAACAGCCAGCAGAGAGCAGCGCCUUGAGCAAUGCUGGUUUCCCGGUGUGCAUAGUAAUGUUGGCGGGCAAGCAGAUGACCCAGUCGAAGACGGCGACCGAGGAGAAAUUGCGGCCAACACAUUGGCUUGGAUGGCAAGUACUUUGUGGAUAGCCAUUGAUAACAUUGGCACAAUUCUCACAUUCGAAGCCGAGGCAAUUGACCUUUUGAUCUCGCAACAUACUGCAGCCCUGGUGCAAAAUGGAGAUCCUUCUAGCUGGGGCUGCGGUAAAAUCGUCGAUAAUUUUGCUGGACUGUCGGGAACCUUCUUUCGCAUUCUUGGACAGCAAAUUAGAACCCCUGGCGCUUAUUCCGACGACACCCGUGAGUUCACUCAUCCCAUGGUGCGAUAUCGUCGUGCGCGAGUUCCAGGCUGGAAGCCAGCCGCCAUCACUGGAUUGACUCUCAGCGAUAGAAGCGAAACAGCUGUGAACUGGGGCAAGGCCGGCCAAAACAAUGUCCCAGAGUAUCCCAUGUUCGUCGAAAGAGAGUUUAGUGUUGCGAAAAGGAAUGAAGAUGGGAGUUGGGAGCAUACCACAAGGUCCAAUUUGGCUAGAGAGCUGUGUCCAAAGGAUGUCUUUCGGUGGCUGUAUCCCUCUUUGCAACAAGAAUGA